GAGCGCCUGCUGAUUAAGGGGGCGAAGAUCGUAAACGAUGACCAGUCCUUCUGUGCUGACGUCUACAUGGAGGACGGCCUCAUCAAACAAAUCGGUGAGAACCUGAUAGUGCCAGGCGGGGUGAAGACCAUCGAUGCCCACGGUCGCAUGCUGAUGCCAGGGGGCAUCGACGUGCACACCCGCUUCCAGAUGCCCGACCGGGGCAUGGUCGCCGCUGACGACUUCUACCAGGGGACCCGGGCCGCCCUGGCGGGGGGCACCACCAUGAUCCUGGACCACGUGGUCCCGGAGCCCGGGGCCAGCCUGGUCUCUGCCUUCGAGCAGUGGCUGGACUGGGCCGGCAGCAAGUCCUGCUGUGACUUCUCCCUCCAUGUGGACGUGACAGAGUGGCACAAGGGCGUCCAGGAGGAGAUGGAGACGCUGGUGAAGGACCACGGUGUCAACUCUUUCCUUGUCUAUCUGGCUUAUAAGGAUGUUUUCCAGCUUACUGACUCUCAGGUGUACGAGGUGUUCAGCGUGAUCAGAGACCUCGGGGCCGUCGCUCAGGUCCACGCUGAGAACGGGGACAUCGUGGCUGAGGAGCAGCGUCGUAUCCUGGAGCAGGGCAUCACAGGGCCGGAAGGUCACGUCCUGAGCCGUCCUGAGGAGGUGGAGGCGGAGGCUGUCAACCGCUCUGUCACCGUGGCCAAUCAGACCAACUGUCCCCUCUACAUCACCAAGGUGAUGAGCAAGAGUGCCGCCGAUGUCAUCGCUCAGGCCCGGAAGAAGGGCACCGUGGUGUACGGGGAGCCAAUCACGGCCAGCCUGGGCACAGACGGCUCACACUAUUGGAGCAAGAACUGGGCGAAGGCCGCCGCUUACGUCACCUCCCCGCCCCUCAGCCCCGACCCCACCACGCCCGACUACCUCAACUCCCUGCUCUCCUGUGGGGACCUGCAGGUGACAGGAAGUGCCCACUGCACCUUUAACACCGCCCAGCGUGCCGUGGGCAAGGAUGACUUCACCCUGAUCCCCGAGGGCACCAACGGCACAGAGGAGAGGAUGUCCCUGAUCUGGGACAAGUGUGUGGUGACCGGUAAGAUGGACGAGAACCAGUUUGUGGCGGUGACGAGCACCAACGCGGCCAAGAUCUUCAACCUGUACCCCCGCAAGGGCCGUAUCGCCGUGGGCUCUGACGCCGACCUGGUGCUAUGGGACCCCGACGUCACCAAGAUCAUCUCAGCCAAGAGCCACAACUCUGCUGUGGAGUACAACAUCUUUGAGGGCAUGGAGGUGCGGGGCGCACCCCUGGUGGUGAUCAGCCAGGGCAGGAUCGUCUUGGAGGAGGGGAACCUCCACACCACCGAGGGCUCUGGGCGCUUCGUGGCCCGCAAGCCCUUCCCUGACUACGUGUACAAGAGGAUAAAGGCCCGCAGCAGGCUGGCUGAGUUGAGAGGGGUCCCUCGGGGUCUCUACGACGGGCCAGUCUGCGAGGUUUCCAUCACCCCCAAGACUAUGACGCCGGCCUCCUCUGCCAAGACCUCACCUGCCAAGCAGGCAGCCGGGCAGCCGGUCCGCAACCUGCACCAGUCUGGCUUCAGUCUGUCUGGCGCGCAAGUUGACGACAACAUCCCCCGUCGGAACACCCAGCGCAUCGUGGCUCCGCCCGGAGGCAGAGCCAACAUCACCAGCCUGGGUUAAAGCUCUCCCAUUGGCCGGGGGGGGGGGGGGGGGGUUAAAGAGGAGGUGCUUCAGGAACUGUGUGUGUGUGUGGGGGGGAACCAGAAACCACCUCUACAUCCAGAGCCACGCCCUCCUACAGUGCCUGAAGCCCCUCCUCUACCUCCACUUCUACCCUCACCCCCUCCUUCACCCCCCCCCUCCUCCAUCUCUCCCCCCUUUUCUCCCCCAUCCCAACACCCCCCCCCCCCUGACGGAGACCCCUAGAGAAGAGUUGCCUCAUACGAAGAACAACAACAAGCCGAAAACUACAACAACACACCUUUAUUU